AUGAGCUUAGUAAAUGAAAAAUCAUCUUUGGCUAUUGUACCUGAACUAGAUAUUUUUAGUAAUUCAUUGGUUCAAACUUCAAUAAAAGAACGAUUUUGUGAAGAAGUUCGACCUUUAUCUCAACUUAAUAAUGGUGGACAUAUUGAAUUUGAAAUUAAAAGUAAUAUUGAUGAGUAUAUUUCUUUAUUCGAUUCAACAUUAUAUUUUAGUUUUCGAGUUAAAUUAGCAAAAACGAAUAAUACUGAAAUAGUUGAGAAUGAUUGGAAUAAUGUAUCAUUAGUUAAUAACUUUUUCAAUUCUUUAUGGAGCCAAAUAGAUGUGUCUAUAAAUGAUUCACAAACAUCAUCAUCUUUACAGACAUAUGCUUAUAAAUCUUAUAUAGGUAAAGUUUUAUAUACUUCAGAAAGAUCAAGGCAAACAUAUUUACAUUAUGAAUUAUUUACCAAAGAAAAUAUGAAAGGAGAAAAUGUAAAUAUUCCUGUAAAACAAAGAAUUGAAUUAAUUAAAAAUGAAACAAGUGAACCUCCUCAUACAGGAAAGUAUGUUGAAUUAGAAGGCAAAUUAUUUAUCAGUAUGUUUCUACAGACAAAAUUACUUGUUGGUGGUACAAAAUUAAAUAUAAGAAUGAUUCCCAAUAGACCUGAAUUUUAUUUUAUGACUAAUGAUAGUACAUUAAUACCUAGAAUUCAUUUUGAAGAUAUUCACUUUAAUAUUAUUAAAUGUCGAGUAUCUGAAGAUAUUGUUGCAGCACAUACUAAAAGUUUUAAUAUACAUAAAGAUGUUGCAGCAAAGUAUAUACUGAAUAGAAGAGAAGUACGUACAGUUACCAUAGAUGCUGGCGCGCGUAGUAGAAAUAUAGAAAAUGUUAUUAAUGGACAAUUGCCGCAUAGGGUAUACGUAGCAUUUGUAACUAAUGAAGCUUACAGUGGAUCAUAUACUAAAAAUCCAUUUAAUUUUUAUCAUUUUGAUAUAAAUUCUAUUUCUUGUUUUAUAAAUGGAAAUCAAAUUGCAAGAAAACCAUUUACGCCAGAUUUUGGCAAAAACAAAUAUUGUCGUGAAUACCUGGAAUUAUUUAAAGUAACUCAACAAUAUGAUGAAAAAGGUAAAAUGGAUAUAACUAGUGAAGAUUAUAAAAAUGGUUUUACUAUAUUUGGAUUUAAUACAAAUCAAGAUCAUACUCAUGGUUAUCAAGAUACAGGUUACGUAAACGUUCCACAAUAUGGUAUUAUGAGAUUUGAAAUACAUUUUGAAAAACCUCUACCAACAAUUGUUAAUGCAUUAUUUUAUUACGAGUUUGAGAAUUUAAUAAGUAUGUAUAAAGACAAGUCUAUAGCAAUGGAUUAUCGUUAA